AUGCAAUUGUUUGUUGAGCAAGCAAAAAAAUCGGCCGAAAUCGACUCAAAUUCCGUUAUUCAAAGCCACCCACGCCCACCAAAUGAAGCAGCAGCCUUCUCCAAAUAUCACGAAUCCCAUCAUCUAGCCACUUGCCCUUACUAUCCUGAAUCGAAAAAUCUUACAGGAAAUGAAGAAAUUGAUUACAGCCCGAUAAGCCCGAGAGCAACAACCUACGACCAGCUCACCCGUAAGCUCAGGAGUACCUCUAUCAGUAGACGUGGGUCCCAGAUAAAAAGUCUCAGUUUCGGAAAGGCGCCGCAGAGGAGAAAUUCGGUGCACUCGACAACAUCGUCGACUGUAAUAUCUCCGACGUUAGGCUAUAAGGAGGACUACGGAUGUGCGGAUGGAUAUAGUGGCAAGCUGUAUAAGUAA